AUGAAUACACAAUGUGCUCAGCAGCAGGUGCACAGAUGGAAACAGACAGAAAAAGAGAUAGAGAAAGCCAAAGACAGAGAGAUGGGAGCCAUGAGAUGCACUGAACGGAGCAGGAAAAGGCAGAGAGAAACACAAGAGGAGCAUCCGUCGGAGAGCCGGGCGAGUCGGGCGAGGGACAGCAUUCACGGCACCGUCACCUGCUUCAACUUCAGAUCCAGCCACAAAUCCCGGAAAGAGGCCAAAAGCGCUCCGACCGCGAAGGAGUCUCCUGCAGACUGCGGCCAGAGAGGCAGAAGAGCGUCCCAGGAGCAGAAACCCGUGGCCGGCUCGAGCACGGUGGGCUGUCAGUGGUUCCCUUGGCAGAACGCGGCCGGCAGAACCGGCAGCAAGGGACCCGAGCUCCUCAUCACAGAGCCCGUCUUCUCUCAGGCGGCCCGAGGAGAGGCCGAGGUGAUCCCAGACGGCUGGAGAACGGAUGGAGAACACGCUGCAUCCGACCCGGAGAGCCCAAACGCAACCGUGAAGCUUCAUCGCAUCAUGGAGGAGCUCCUUCUGACGGAGGCGGAGUACGUUCGCUCUCUCGGCUACAUCUUGACUCACUACUUCCCCCUGCUGUCCCGGCCGGACGUCCCCCAGGAUCUGCGCGGACAGCGGGGACGCAUCUUCGGGAACCUGGAGAAACUGUACGACUUCCACUGCCAGCACUUCCAGCGGGACCUGGAGGCCGGUCGGUCGGAGCCGCUCCGAGUCGGCCGCUGCUUCCUCCAUCACAGAGAGAGUUUUGGACUUUACGCCCUUUACAGCAAGAAUAAACCCCAGUCUGACGCUCUAAUCCAGCAUCACAGAUACUUCAAGCGUAAGCAGAUGGAGUUGGGCGACAGCAUGGAUCUCUCAUCAUAUCUGCUGAAGCCGGUCCAGAGGAUCAGUAAAUACAGUCUGCUGCUGCAGGAGAUCCUGGACGAAUGUGUGCCGGAUCAGAGCGGAGAACGAGAGGAGAUCCAGGCGGCUCUAGAGGUGGUGCGCUUCCAGCUGCGGCACGGGAACGACCUGCUCACUAUGGACGCCGUCCGCGACUGCGAUCUGAAUCUGAACGAGCAGGGCCAGCUGAUUCGACAGGAUGAAUUCUGGGUAAUCUUCCGCAAGAAGCGUUCCCUCCGGCGAGUGUUUCUCUUCCAAGAUGUCAUCCUCUUCACCAAGACCAAAAAAAACGACCGUGGAGAUGAUGUGUAUGUUUACAAAAUGUCCAUCAAGGUAUGCGUGUGA